AUGGCCAAGAAAGCCAAAACUCGUCUGAUCCACGUGCGCCUCAUCUCCAUGGCCAUGACCGGCUUCUUCUACACCUUUAAGCGCCCGCGCACAGCUCUGCCCAUGGGAUUGCUCAAGUAUGACCCGAUUGGUAUGUGGCGAAUGGUCCUCGCCUUCCGCUCCGCAAGGCAAUAUGCCUUGAUCCGCUCCGCUGCGGCUAACCUGGGGUUAUCUGCAGUGCGAAAGAAGGUUCUCUUCCUCGAAUCGAAGCGAAAAGGCAAAUAA